AUGAAUGAUAUAAGGUGUAUAAUUACUGAUAUUGAUGGCACUUUAGCUAAUGAGGAAUCGAAAUUAUCUAUAGAAUGUGCAAUGGCAUUUCGUUCUGCAGAAGAUGCGGGAUUUAUCAUUUUUCCAGCUACAGGUAGAUGUCAAAGAGGUCUUUUUGGUAUAUACGAUGAUGAAACAAAUGACAUUAUAAAACAUAAGGGGUAUCCUGGUAUAUAUCAUAAUGGAGCAUUAAUAAUAGGACCAGAUGGUUAUGAAGAUAUUAUUGAGGAGAUAUGUAUAAGCCGUGAAACAUGUAUUGAAAUAAUUAAACGUUUAAAAUCCUUAAAAUUAUGUGAAAAAUUAAAUGAUGGUACUUUAAUAUAUAGAGAUUUAUCUAUUGGUAUAUAUGAACGUGAUUUUGGAAUUGUUGAGAGAUCAACUUUUACUGAAUCAGUUAAAUAUCUUAAUGAUAAAUCUAAUGUAAUUACAAAAGUAGUAGAUGAUUUAUUAGAAUUUGCACAAUCUAUGGAAUAUUUACCUCAAAAAAUUUUAGUUAUUGAACAAAUUUCGAAAUUAGGUCAUCUAGUAGAAGAAAUUGAUCUUAUUGGUAAGGCUUUAGAUGUAAGAGUUGUUUUAUCAUCAAAUGUAUGUAUUGAUAUUCUUCCAACUGGAGUUUCAAAAGGUCAUGCAGCUAAAAUAUUAUUAGAAAGACUUGGUAUUAAACCAGAAAAUACUAUGGCAAUUGGUGAUGCAAAUAAUGACUUAGAGAUUCUUGAGUAUGUUGGUCAUCCAGUAGCUAUGGGUAAUGCAGUUCCGCAAGUAAAAGAAAUAGCAAGACAUAUAGUUGCAACAAAUGAUCAACAUGGUUUUGCUGAAGCAUUAUACAACAUUGCAAAAGUUCCUAGACCAAAAAUAAGUAAUUAA